GCCUCGUGCGCGCACGGGACAGGCCGAGAGACGUGUGGGGUGAUCAUGUUUCUCCGAGGCGGAGGAGAGGCGCAGGGCGGUCCUGCUUUUGCAAGCGGCAGAUUAAAACGGUCGGAAGUGGGUCAGCACAUGCCUGCUUUAUGGGACAGGAGUGGCCCAGAAGGGAGAGCCUUCCUCUGCGUCUGUUUCAAAGCCCUUUAGAGGAACACUCACUGCGCGUGUGGAUGUGCAUGCAUGUGGGGAGUGGGUCCCUACCUUUGAGGCUCCUGGACUCCAGAUCCCAUCAGCCCCAGCCCACUAGGCUGAGGAGGCGGAAGUCCUGGGAGCUGUAGUCCGCCAGCCCUUUUGGAGGGCCCCAAGCGACCGGCAGAAUCCGAUGGCUAGCCCGGCUGUGCUGGUGAGUUCUCCCGUCCCCGAGCCCCUCGUGCCAGCUCCCCUGCAGGAACUGUGCGAGAUCUCGCUGGAUAAGAUAUCGGUGACUGCUCUUGCCAGUGUCGAAAACCACCAGGCGGAGACCCCGGGGAAAACCAAGAACUCCGGCCCAGAGAUGUUCCGAUCCAGAGCGGUGGCCGCCCCGUCUUCGGGACUCUGGACCACCAAGCGAGACGGCGAGGUCAAGCUGCGCCUGGACCAGAGCGGGGUCGGGUGCGAGCCCCCCAUCACGGUGCACGAACUCUUCCUGAAGGCGGUGGAACAGUACGGAGACUACUUUGCCCUGGCGUCCAAGAAGCGCGGCCGCUGGACACGGCUGACCUUCAAGCAAUACUACGAGGAGUGCCGGGUGGCGGCCAAGAGCUUCUUAAAGCUGGGUCUGGAGCGUUUUCACGGCGUGUGCAUUUUGGGCUUCAACUCGGCGGAGUGGUUCAUCUCGGACAUCGGGGCCAUCCUGGCUGGGGGUUUCGCUGUCGGCAUCUACACCACCAACUCCCCGGAGGCAUGCCAGUAUGUGGCAGAGAACUGCAGCGCCAAUGUCAUUGUGGUGGAAAAUGAUAAACAGCUCCAGAAAAUCUUGGAGAUCGAAAGCAAGCUUCCGCUCCUGAAAGCCAUCAUCUUAUAUGGAGAAGAAGUCAAAGAGAAAAGGCCCAAGCUCUACUCGUGGAAUGAAUUCAUGGCGUUGGGAAGCCAAGUCCCGGAUGAUCACCUGGAUCAGAUCAUUCAGUCCCAGAAACCGAAUCAGUGCUGUACGCUCAUCUACACCUCCGGGACCACCGGGAAACCCAAAGGGGUUAUGCUGAGCCACGACAACAUCACGUGGACGGCUCGGGCCGGGGGGGAGUUUGUCGGUCUCUCGAAGGCCACAGAGCGGCAGGAAGUGGUGGUCAGCUACCUGCCCCUCAGCCACGUGGCCGCCCAGAUGAUUGACAUUUGGCUGCCCAUCACUUUCGGGGUCCAGACCUGCUUCGCGCAGCCCGACGCCCUCAAGGGUUCUCUGGUGGAGACCAUGAGGGAGGUGAGGCCGACAGCCUUCAUGGGGGUCCCCCGGGUCUGGGAGAAGAUGCAGGAGCGGAUGAAGGCGGUGGGGGCCAAAUCCUCGGCCCUGAAGCGCCGGAUCGGCACCUGGGCCAAGGUGGUGGGGCUGGAGACCAACAUGAAGCGCCUGAAAGGGUCCACUGACCUCCCGUUCAACUACCGACUGGCCCGCUCGCUGGUGUAUAAAAAAGUCCAGAAGGCGCUGGGGCUGGACCGCUGCAGCAAAUGUUACACGGGGGCUGCUCCCAUCACCAGAGACACUCUGGAGUACUUUCUGAGCCUGGACAUUCCCAUUUACGAACUCUACGGCAUGAGCGAGAGCUCGGGGCCCCACACGGUUUCGCACCCGAAGGCCCAUCGGUUGACCAGUUGCGGGAAGGAAAUCACCGGCUGCAAAACCAUGCUCUACCGUCCGGACCCUGAUGGUGUCGGCGAGGUUUGCUUCUUCGGGCGGCACGUUUUCAUGGGCUACCUAAACAUGGAAGACAAAACCAAAGAGGCCAUUGAUGACGAAGGCUGGCUGCAUUCGGGGGAUCUGGGCAAGCACGAUGCCGACGGAUUCCUUUACAUCACAGGGAGAAUCAAAGAGCUGAUCAUUACCGCUGGUGGAGAGAACAUUCCCCCGGUCCCGAUUGAGGAUGCGGUGAAGGAAGCGGUCCCCAUCCUCAGCAACGUCAUGCUGGUGGGGGACAGAGCCAAGUUUUUGAGCAUGCUCAUGACCCUAAAGUGCAAGGUGAACCCGGACUCGGGCGAGCCUGAGGAUGAUCUCGCCCCGGACGUCAUCGAAUUUUGUCGCAAGGUGGGCAGCCAAGCCAACAAAGUUUCCGACAUCAUCCGCACCCGCGACACGGCCGUCUAUGCCGCCAUCCAGAAGGGGGUCAAUGCGGUCAACGAGCGGGCCACCUCCAACGCCCAGAAGAUUCAGAAGUGGGUCCUUCUGGACAAAGAUUUCUCCAUCACCAGCGGAGAGCUAGGCCCCACGAUGAAGCUGAAGCGGCCGGUGGUCCUCGAGAUGUAUCAGCACCAGAUUGCUCAGAUGUACUCAGAAACAUGAAGCGUUCCCCCCCACCCCCACGGACCUCCACCACCGGGCCCCCACAAACUCCUACAAGCGACGGAACCGGCGACCCUCCGGGCUGGCUCUUAUUUCGAACAUCCAGACUUGGCACCCCGUGGCUGCCCAGGGCUGACGGGAACCCCGUUUGUCUACGGAUCUUCCUGUUCCAGAGAGAAGCGUCUUUUUCACCCCUUUGAUAAACGAGGUUUCAAUAAAGGGCACCUCCACGAACCUAGCCAGAGAGAUAUUUAUCUCUCUUUAUGUUUCCUUUCCUCGUUUCCAGCUCUUUUUAGAUCCUCGAUCACCUUCCUGUCUCUGUAUUUUUCUUGAUCUCUCCUGGGCUCCUUUGGGCAUCUGGUCGGGAUCCGCUCGCUUGUGGGUUGUAGUUUCUUUUGCACCUUGGGCCAAUUUCUGCCUCUCUGGAAGCUGGAAAGAACUUGCGAUGUUCAGCAAAAACUUGUGUACUUUUUUUCACACACCCCUGGCUUCUUCGGAAAUUGACCGGUGGAGAAUAUUGUUCCUUCGUGGGUGAACAGAGAUGCACACAAACUCAACACCCUUGCACGGCACAAGGUGUGGUUGUGGCAUACCCAAAGCGAGGGGGGGGGAACCACACAUGUGGCCACCAAGUUUUGUGUUUCUGGGCUCGGACGGCUUUGUGAGCCAGUUUGACUCGUCCUCUGCAUGUCAGCCGAUAUUUUAUUGUUUCCUCCAUUGUGUGGAUGUGACCUCUUUCUCUCUCUGCACCCCGUAAAGCCACAGGUGGACAUCUCUCGGUCAACACUGGACGUGUGCCAGAACGGCGGGACCCUGAGAAUCUGCCUCACUCGGCCAUCUUUGGGGGAUUCAUUGUCUGUGUGUUUCUCCACCACGAGUGUCCAAUUUUUGGGGUGUGGGCAUGCGUGGCUGUUUUCCAAAGUUGGUUCCGACUGCUGGUGGCCUCUCAUUUUGUCCCAAAAUUGAUGCCGGGAAAGGGGGAGUCCCGAGAGCAGGCCUGGAAAAAGGGACGGGACAGACCGGAUCCGUGGUACAUUUUCCCCCCUUGCACUUCUGGGGAGCACAGCCCUGUUUACACAAGAAACAGCACAUGGAGUCCAACGUUGCACACCCGUAGACGGAGACCUGCGCAGCUUCGGUCGCUGUCUGAGCUUUACCUGCAUUGAUGAUGAUCUUACGCUCAUAAUGAAGUCCCACCUCUGGGGAGUCUUUCUGGGAGACGCUUGGUUGGGUCCCCCCGGUUUUAAUCCCACCUCACCCCUUUCUGUGUCCACGACAGCCGAACCCAUGGAGGCGUGCAGACAUGGGCACUUUUGCACAAUUGAAAAGGUGAGCAGUGGUUUUGAUGGGGAGAGGCAGAGAUUUGGGAUCGCGUGGACGGAAAUAGCCAGAAAUCAUGGGUCCAUUGAAGGGGGGGGAGACCCCAUAAGGUGUUGGUGGAGAAAGCACAUAGUGGGGGGGAAUAAAAAAAGACUGUCACCUUUCUAGGCAAUCGGGUGGUGGGGUUGUGGGUCCGGCGAAAUCAAGGCAGGGUGAUUUUUCAGGUAGGAAACUGGGCUCAAGAAUCUUAAAAAUCCUUGUGAAUCUGUUGUACCAAUAGAAAAAAUAACUUGCAGCACCUGUUUGAUCUGGAAUGUGUUUUCUAUGCCUCAAUUCUGCUUUUUUGCUGGAAAGAGUCUUAAAUAAAUAUCUGAAUCGCUGACAGCCA